AUGUCAUCCACAUCAGCGUACAAUCGAACAUCAUCUUAUAAUCGAACAUAUGAAAAACGGAUUAUUGAACAAGGCCCAAAAAUCACCGGUAUAGACUCACCUUUACAUGUGUCCACUAUGGGAUCACCACUGCACGUGUCCACCUCCAGCUAUCAAUCACCACCUGUCACACUAACAUCGAUGAAUACAUCAGCUGCUGGAACAGGCCUGAUAACAUCCCAUCAGCAGAGUGACGAUUCAUUUUAUGUGCAAAUGGAUUUAUCACAAUUUAGACCGGAAGAUUUAAAAGUAUCAGUGGCAAAUUCUUACAUAAUCAUCGAAGCAAGACAUGUUGAACGAGAGGAUGAAUUUGGCCUUGUGGAACGACUUCUAAUUAGGAAGUUUCCGCUACCUUCGAGUGUGCCAGCAGAUGCAGUUACCAGCAAUCUUACUGCAGAUGGAUAUCUUAGUGUUACUGCAACUGCCCCACGUCUAAAGAAUGAUGGUAUGGCGAGGACAAUUCCAAUCAAAAUGGUAGCCAACGUGAUCAAAACAGAAACUAAACCAUCAAAUUCAACAAUAAAUGAACAAUCACCAAUUCAGGGAUAG